CAAUAAAAAAAUUAAAAUGAUCAAUCAUACAAUCCGAUUUUAUUUAAACAUAUUAAUUGUGUUUGUUUUUUGCAACUAGUUCACAAUUGUGAUUAUGCUUAAUGCCAUGGUGUCCAAUGUAACCGUCUGUCUGGCCUUUCCUUUCUAUUUAAAGUACAAAGCUAUCUGAUCAAUCUUACAGUAACAACAUUAACAGUUAUUAAAGUUAAGUUACUGCUGUUACCACUCCGACGGCCCGCCCGCGGCCGUUGGAGUGUGUAGUGUACAUCUGUGUAUUUUCCAACAUAACUUCAGUUCACAUGUACGUUUUUCCGGUAUCUGGAUCUGCAUUGGCUGCAUUGUGCUGUUUAGAUUGACACCUCAUUUGACCUAUUAGGAGCUUCCAUGUCCUCUCCACAGCCUAGAAUAGCCAAUGAGAGUCCGCGUUGAAGGAGAGUGCCCGCCCCUCUUCUUUCGUGUAAUGCUCGAGCCAAUUGCAACCGAUCGUUCUGAUGACUCACGCUUCGUAUAGCCAAUGAAAUUUCGAAAACAACGAUCUACAGCUUCAGUGGGAAGAUUUAAAUCCCAAACCAGGAAGUUACUGCGCAACAGCGAGAGUCUGCAGCCAGUUCCUCGUGCGUCAAAGACGGAAAGUGUGCGUUUUGAGACUUUAGUAAAGAAUAACCGCGAAACGCUCGGAGAAAACAACUUAUUCGAUGCAAGAAGAGAUGGAAUUGUGUCUUCGGCGGGAUAGUGACAAGCCUGGAGAUGAAGAAUCAGAUGAAGGGAGCGAAAUGUCGUUUGCCUCAGAGACAGAGGCAAUGUUGCUGGACGGAGACGACAUUACUCUCAAGCAAUCAUCUGAUGUAGAUUCAGAUCAGGAUUGGGAGCCGGAUACUUCGUGCCCAGUCAGCAAGCGGCCACAUAGAGUGGAGCAGCAGGACAGCACCUCAUCACCGGAGGAGCCCCAUCCCCCGACUCCCCAGAGAGGUUCUGCCAGCAGAAGAAGACCAAGAGGCAGAGCACGGGGGAGGAGAGGGACCGGCAGUAGCAGCAGUCAAGACGGCACAUCUGGAGAGAGAUGGAAUGAUAUUGACAUUCCAGACAUAACUCCACCACAGCCCACCUUCAGACCCACCCGCUCAUCAGGACCUCAGCUCACACGUACCGCUACGUACACAGCCCUGCAGCUUUUCCAACUCUAUUUUACAAACUCUGUUUUACAGACAAUAAUUCAAAACACUAAUGACUUUGGCUCGACUCACUACUCGUCACCCUCCAACCCGUGGAUUGAUGUGACAUUGCAGGACAUGUUUUCAUUCAUGUCCUUGAUCAUCUACAUGGGGGUACUGAAAUGCUCUUGGUUUACUGAUUACUGGCGAGGGGGUAAACUGUACAGCUUGCCGUUCCCGAGGCGGGUAAUGACUGGUAAGAAGUUCCUCAGGGUCUGCCAGUCCCUUCACCUCAGUAGCUCGGUGGCAGAUGCUGCUAACGAGCAGAGGAGAGGCACGGCAGCCUUCGAUCGGCUCUGCAAAAUAAAGCCACUCUACGAGGAGAUAAGGGAAGCCUGCAAAAGGAAUUAUCACCCUAGCCAGGAAAUUGCCAUCGAUGAGCGAAUGGUUGCCUCCAAAGCCUGCAUUGGGCUCAAACAGUACAUGAAAAAUAAGCCUGUUCGCUGGGGAUAUAAACUCUUCGCUCUGGCCGACUGCAGCAACGGUUAUACGUGGGACUUCUUUGUCUACGCGGGAAGGUUCCAGGGACACAGUUACGAUUCGGUGAUGGAGCUCGUCGACACCAAGUUGCUGGGCACUGGCUACAAGCUCUUUGUUGACAGUUUUUAUACUAGUCCCACCCUUUUCCGCGACCUCCUUCAGAAGAGGAUCUGGGCGUGCGGAACCAUCCGCACAAGCAGAAUUGGAUUCCCAAGAACUAAAGUAAACAGUCUGGUCUCAGACUCUCCCCGUGGCAGCAUUCGCUGGAUCAGGGAGGACUCCCUCCUCUUUGUCCAGUGGCGAGACAAGAAGGACGUCUUCAUGUGUUCAACACUCCACACGGCCCAUGCGGAGGACACGGUGCAAAGGAGGGUCAAAGGUGCAUAUGGGCACUGGGCAUUGAAGGACAUCCCAGUUCCACCAGCGGUGAAGGAGUACAACCAGUCCAUGGGGGGAGUGGACCUCUCUGACGCCCUGAUCGGGUCCUAUAAAGUCCUCCACAAGACCCAUACGUGGUAUAAGACGUUCUUUUAUCAUUUCAUGGACAUCGCGAUUGUGAACGCCUUCCUCCUCCACACAGACAUUGCAGAAGGUAAAGGAGAGGUACCGAUGACCCAGAAGGCGUUCAGAGAGACCCUCGCCAGGGAGCUGGCAGAGGUGGGAUCUCCCUCCACAGCCAGACCCGGACCACCUCCUGCUCCAAGCGGAGCGCAUCACAGGCCAGUACACAUCAGUGGGCACAGCACCGCUGGGCGUCUGAAGUGCAGGCACUGCCAUGCAAAGACACCACUGAAGUGCUCCUCCUGCGAUGUGCCUUUGUGCUUGGUCCCCGGUCGUGACUGCUAUAAUAACUGGCAUGUUGCCAAUAACCUGUAAAAGUUAUAAUUAGUUUGCCGCGUGUUCAUUUUUUGAAUAAACUGCUUUUCCACCAUAGCACUUGUUUUCACUCUUUUAUGUGCACAAAGUUUAGUUUCAAUUAGGGGAAAAAGCACUGUGUGUUUAUGCUUCAGUUACUCUGUCAGUAAUAAUGAUGGUGAAUCUGGAUAUGGGAUAGGACACCUCUCAGUGUCACCUUUCAUUAGAGACCAAAAUGAUGACUGUGCGUUCAAGAAUAGCCUCGGUAUGUGACCGUGGUCACCAAGUGUCCUGUGGAGUCUCCGAAUACGCCUAGACAUACUCUUAGAAAAACAUGUGUAAAAUAUUCAUUUUCUGUGGUAUUGUUAUCAGAAUUGA